AUGCUUGGACUUGCAAAACGUGUGAAGGCGCGUUUCCUUCUUGCCAGUACUUCGGAAAUUUAUGGUUCGCCUAAAGAGCACCCACAAAAUGAAGAGUACUGGGGCCAUGUCAACUGUUUUGGUCCGCGCGCCUGCUACGACGAAGGGAAACGCGUGGCAGAGGCUCUUACAUACAGCUAUGCACGACAGGACGGCGUGGAUGUGCGGAUUGCCCGCAUCUUCAACACCUUCGGUCCACGUAUGAAUUUCAACGAUGGGAGGGUGGUAUCUAACUUUAUCCUGCAAGCUUUGCGGAGUGAGGAUAUCACGGUCUAUGGGGACGGAUCCGCUACAAGAUCCUUCCAGUAUAUGCAUGAUUUGAUAGACGGCCUUAUUCAAUUGAUGGAAAGCGAUUGUACAGAACCCGUCAAUCUGGGCAAUCCACACGAAUUUACAAUCAAAGAAUUUGCGAAUAUGGUCAUUGGUCUUGUCAACGAACAGAGAGACCAACCAUCUACAUCAAACGUGGUAUACCUACCUGCAGUGAUUGAUGACCCACCGAGGCGGAAACCAGACAUAUCAAGAGCCAAGGAACGAUUAAACUGGCAACCGCGGAUCUCGGUGCAUGAGGGGUUAUCAGAAACAGGUGGGAUACCUUCAACUUUAACCCUUAAAAUUAAAUUCAAGGACUAA